AUGGAGGGAUUACAAAGUGUGGAAAGUGGAAAAGAAGUUGAUGUUGAAAACGAGGCUACGGAAUAUAGCGAUUCUGAUGACGUUUUGACUGUAGAUUCAGACACAAUAGUUCCUACAUGUAUGACUUCCGCUACAGAAGAAAAAAGAAACGAGGUACAACCAACUAAUAGUUCCAUUCUAAAGUUCUCAAUCAGCAAUAUUCUGAGACUUCCAGACGGAGAAUGUAUCCCAAAAACGACCAACAUAACAGAUCUUUGUUCCACUAAUCUCUCUCUUUGCGACCAGAAGUCCAAUGACCUCACAAGUAGUAUCAAAAGUAAAAGGAACCGAACGACCUUUUCCACCAAGCAGCUGCAAGAACUAGAGAAGGCCUUCCGCAAAACACACUACCCAGACGUGUUUUUACGAGAGAAAUUGGCGUCUAAAAUUAAACUUCCAGAAUCAAGGAUUCAGGUAUGGUUUCAGAAUAGGCGAGCAAAAUGGCGGAAGAGAGAGAAAAUGGCGCUAGGUGCAGGCUUUGUGGCAUAUGGUUUACCAUUUUCAUUGUCUUGGGCAGCUCACCACUCGUCUUUAAUGUCCCACAGUGCGCUGAUGUCUUCAGUAAUGGACAUGACAAACCCACGUCAGCACCUGUCUACAGACACUCUUCGAUAUAAAACUUCCAGCGAGCAAUCAGAUCUCAUGAGCGUCAGACAACCAAACCUUGCCUCUAAACACAGAUCAAACAUCUGCAUGGCACUCUCCAACCAAAGGUGAAGGUGAUAGCAAAGACUGACCCCCUACAUGUAGCAAGGGAACGUCAAUUGUUACAGUUGUAACGUAUUUUCAAUAUUAAAGG